CUCCAACUCCUCUUUUUAUCUCCAAUCACCCCAACUCAACACCACGACAACUCCCCUCCCACUAUUCAAGAGGGGGUCCACAAACAUCAAUGCAACAAACACCCCAAUAACGCCCAUCACGAAACCCAAUCCACAAAACCUCCAGAACGCCCCCCGCGCACUCGAACAUCCGUCAAGCCCAAAACCGGUCCAACCUAUCCCCAAGAAACAAAGACAAAACAAAAGAAACAAAACACAGAGAGCGAAAAUGCACACCUCCGGACUAACAAACACUCCCCUAACAAAAACCCUCCUCAUCUACACUCUCGCCUCAUCCAUCGCCCUCUCCAUCCUCGACAUCAAACACUUCGCUCCGAUCCACGUCUCCCCGCAUUUCUGGCCCUACGGCCAAUUCUGGCGCGCCCUGCUAUGGCAAGUCGCGGGUUUCACCAAUUCCACGGAGGCCUUGUUCGCCGCCAUGCUGGUCUACCAUUUACGAGUUGUUGAGCGCGCAUGGGGAGCGAGGAAGUUGGCUACCUUCCUCCUAACAACAUUCCCCUACACAACCUUCCUCCCACCCCUCCUUUUAACAAUCCUCAUCCGUCCGCUCUCACUCACAAAACUAAAUUACCUGCCUUCCGGCCCAACGGCUACCAUCUUCGCCUUACUAGCGCAAUACCACCUCUCCAUCCCGCAUACAUUCCGCUACCGGAUCUCAACGUCUAGUUCCACGCCCACUGAUGAUGACGCAACGGCGCAGUCGACGGGGAAGUCCCUGACGUUGCUUUUCUCGGAUAAGUCGACGACGUAUCUGGUCGCGGCGCAGUUGGCGCUUUCGCAGUUUCCUGGCAUGGUGUUGCCGGCGGUUGUCGGGUGGUUUGUGGGGUUGGCGUGGCGGAUGGAGAUGUUGCCGGGUGUGGGUGCGCGGUGGAGGGUGCCGGCUUGGGUUGUGGGGGAGAAGGAGAGGACAAGGAGGGUGGUGGUUGGACCUUCGGGUGGCGAGGAAAGGUAUGAGGAUUUGAGGAGGAGGUUGGAAGGUGAGGCGGCUGCUGCUGCGGCCGAGGCGAGUGGUUCUUCUUCUUCUGCGCGUCAGGGUUCGGGGGUUGGGUUGAGACAAGGGAGGAGGAUUUGAGAGAUGAAUCAUGAGUGUUUUUAGAGGUGGAUUUGUUUCUUAAUGGGCGUUGGAUGUUGAUGUUGAUGUUGAAACUAUCAAGUUUUUCUUCAAUUCCAUUCUAUAUAUACC